CUCAGCAGCGGCAGCCGCCGGGCGGGCCGGCGGGCGGCGACAGCGGCCUGGAGGCGCAGUACAGCUGCCCGAUCUGCCUGGAGGUGUACCACCGGCCUGUGGCCAUCGGCAGCUGCGGCCACACGUUCUGCGGGGAGUGCCUCCAGCCCUGCCUCCAGGUACCGUCCCCCCUCUGCCCGCUGUGCCGCCUGCCCUUCGACCCCAAGAAGGUGGACAAGGCCGCCCAUGUGGAGAAGCAGCUCUCGUCCUACAAGGCGCCCUGCAGGGGCUGCAACAAGAAGGUGACAUUAGCCAAGAUGAGGGUGCACGUUUCCUCCUGCAUGAAGGUCCAGGAGCAAAUGGCCAACUGUCCCAAGUUCGUCCCCGUGGUGCCCACGUCUCAGCCCAUCCCCAGCGCCGUCCCCAACAGGUCCACCUUCACCUGCCCCUACUGUGGCGCCCGCAACCUGGACCAGCAGGAGCUGCUCAAGCACUGUGUGGACAACCACCGCAGCGACCCCAACCGCGUGGUGUGCCCCAUCUGCUCGGCGAUGCCCUGGGGGGACCCCAGCUACAAGAGCGCCAACUUCCUGCAGCACCUGCUGCACCGACACAAGUUCUCCUACGACACCUUUGUGCCGCAAUUCAGGCUCGCUCCAGGGAAGGCCGACGCCAAUCGCCUGCACAGACCCCUGCGCCUGCGCGGUCCCACCACCUACGCAGACCCCGGCGCCUGCGUGGACUCGGGCUGGGCAUAUCUCCGCGCUUGCGCAGAGCCGGCGCGUGGUCGCCCGCCAACGGGGGCGGGCCCAGAGUCGGCAGUCCAUCGUUCGAUCCCCUUCAUUGGCUGA